AUGAUAUAUCCGAUCUUCGCAGAAAUUCAAUCUGAGAUAAAGAGUAUGAUAGACAGGCUCAAUAUUGUGACCAGUUUCUACCACAUGCACAAAGAUGAAAUGCUUUCUCAGACACUCACUUCGGCGUGGCGGUCCAGUCUUCGGCAACAAGGGGUUCAAGAAGGGCAAACGACGUCUAAAUUCUCACUUCUUGAGUUUCUUCAGAAUCAAAAUGGUCUUGAGGAUGCAAAUACUGCGGAAGAAUAUUCGAACAUUGCUAUUGAAGUCCCCUCUGAUGCGGUUGGCCCAACUGAGGUCAAUCCAGCCGUGACGCUGGACUUGAUCACGCCCUCUUCAAGCAGACCUGGUCUGUUAGAUGACGAAUUUUGGUCAUCCAACGUGUUGGAAAUGAAUUUCGACAUGGACGGAAGUCAAGUGGAUCCAUUUUCUCGCAUUUUUGAAGACUGGUCGCUUGUGUCUUCCUCCGAGGAAUAG